GGUACAAAACUGUUAAAGCGCUUUUACACAGUCUGUGUUCACUGCAGCCUACAGACGGACGUAAGGAAACGUUAUUACCUGCAGUCAGGCUCUGUUUUUGAAUUAAAAUAGGACGAUAAAUCGACCAUCAUGAGAGUUUUAAUAGGAGGGGGGUCUGGCUUUGUGGGUCGGGAACUGACUCGCCUUCUCAAAGCAAAAGGUCAUGAGGUUACCAUUGUAUCUCGACAGCCCGGUCCAGGGAAAAUAACAUGGAGUGAGUUGGAGUCUAACGGCCUCCCACCAUGUGAGGGCGCUGUCAAUUUGGCUGGAGAGAAUCUGAUGAACCCUCUACGAUGGUGGAAUGAAAGCUACAGAAAGGAUCUGUUUUCCAGUCGUGUUGACACAACUAAAACUCUGGCUCAAGCUAUCGCCGAUUCGCCCAGUCCUCCUCGCUCCUGGGUCCUGGUUUCAGGAGUAGCUUGUUACAAACCCAGUCUGACAGCUGAGUACACAGAGGACAGUGAAUGGACACCGUUUGACCUCCUCUCCAAACUGGUGAAAGAAUGGGAGGCCUCUGCUCUUCUUCCUGAGAGUGUGGACACCACCAAACAAGUCGUCAUCAGACCGGGGGCAGUGUUGGGUCGCGAUGGAGGUGCCAUGAAGCAGAUGCUGCUGCCCUUCUGGCUCGGCCUCGGGGGCACUCUGGGGUCAGGGGGACAGCCGUUUCCCUGGAUCCACGUCUCCGACCUGGCAGGAAUCAUCGCCCACGCCCUGGAGCCGCCCGCCGACACCCCGCCCCCUUCACAGCAAGUGUUGAACGGAGUCGCACCUGCGCUGAACACCAACUACGAGUUCACUAAAGAACUGGGCCGGCUCAUGAGGAGGCCCACCAUUUUUCCUGUGCCUGGCUUUGUCAUGAACGCCCUGAUGGGCUCUGAGAGGGCGAUCGUCCUCACGCAGGGUCAGAAAGUCAUACCACAGAGGACUCAAGAGGCCGGGUUUCAGUACAAAUACCCAGACCUGACUUCAGCACUGAAAGAGAUUGUAGGAAGUUAACAGCUGUUGGAGGAAAUGUUGUGUUCACAUUUACGGUAUUUCAAGAAUAUAAGCCGGUUAUAUUAAAGCUCAAAUUAUCUUUGAAAAAACAUUUGGGGUCAGAAAUGUGUCAGGUGAUUUUUCAAAUCAUAACCAGUUACUGGAUGUGGUUUAACGAACCUUCUGAGAAUCUGUUCAUACUGUGAAUUAAAGCUCCUGUGAGGAGUUUUUAGCUGGUUAUAAUACAGAUAGAAAUGAUCUGUUGUACCGCAAACACGAAUUUCAUCCCCGGGAUUUAAUUUUUCUUUAGUCAUUUUUAAUAUCUGUAAACGCUGCAGUAAGGUAGUUAUUUAAUAUUUACAGCACGCCAAGGAGAACACCUCUUGUUACAUUUUUCUGCAACAAAUACUGAAAAUUAGUGAUUUUUUUUUUUGACUGUUAAAAGAAAUCAGGUGAAGAUUGUUUGUCAAGCAUCUGCCUACGUAUGUACAAGGGGAAAAAACGGCAAUGAUAUCAACCCUUUUGUCCAUAGGGGGCGCCAAAAUCAACACAAAUGUAAAGUAUCUUAAAGGAGCUUUAAAAUUGAUCAGAAAAUCACAACUCUAAAGACUAUUUAUUACUUAUUUUAGGGUUUACGCGGCUAGUUUUUCAAGUUCCAUUUUUCCUGUAAAUAGUUGUUCAAGGAGACUUUGAAAAAAAAAUGCUCAUGCCAAUUUAACAAAAUUGGUUUAGAAGUCCCUUUUACAGCAGUCCACUUUACUCACAGAUGAGGGACUCCAGUACAAUGUAUGAGCAAGAGUCUAACAACGAUUAGAGAAACAACAGCACUCUCCUUUGAUUGGCCAGGAUGAUGACUUCACUCUUCUUUUCUUGCGUUGAGAAAGUGUUACUAUCAACUUUAGCUUUGUUAUUCUUGCCUAAAAAUCUCCAUUAAUGGUAAAACAAAUAAAGUAUUGAAAUAGUUGCUUCUUGCCUGAACGGUCCGCUGCAUUGUAAUUCUGACAAAAUACCCGACACUCCUCUGGGCACAGCAUUAAAACUCUGAACAGGGCGUUAACAGGCCUCAGCAUGAAGCGUGUGGUGAUUUUAGAGAACAACAUUUUCAUCUCCUCCUCUCUGAUCCUGAAGCUCUACUCGGGUCUCUCUCAGUACAGGGAUUGUAUUUAACUAUAUUGACUGAAUUUAGAACAUAAGGCACUGAAACAUGCAGGAGGAAAUGUCAUAGCUCUCACUUUGUGAACUUUUACAAUCCGCUUCUUAAAUGAACUCUGAUCUAUUGCAGGUGGUGCACAAUAAAACGUGAUGAUUCAAGA